AUGCUUCGCAAAAUCCCCAACACACACACCAUCGUCCGUCACUACGCCAAGGACCUCAAGUUUGGCGCCGAUGGCCGCAAAAACAUGUUGGUCGGUAUUGAUCUCUUGGCCGAUGCUGUCGCUGUAACUAUGGGACCAAAGGUAAGAUUUCUUAAUUGUUAUUAGUUUUUAGAUGUGCUAUAGUGGUUUAACAAGUUGGAGAUACGGAAAAAACGUCUGUUUUGAAGCAAAACUGUAUUUUAGGUAUUAUUUAUGGAAAUCUUUGAUUUAUAUUGGGUUAAAAGUCAAAAAUUUACCCAAUUGAAGAUACUAAUUUCUGUUUAACUAAUAUAUUAUUUUUAGGGCCGCAACGUGAUCAUCGAACAAUCAUGGGGAUCCCCGAAGAUCACCAAGGACGGUGUGACUGUAGCCAAGUCCGUUGACCUCGGAGACAAAUACCAGAACUUGGGAGCUCGUCUAGUUCAAGACGUAGCCUCAAAAGCCAACGAUGAAGCUGGAGACGGUACCACCUGUGCCACCGUUCUUGCCCGUGCCAUCGCUAAGGAAGGCUUCGAGAACAUCAGCAAGGGAGCCAACCCAGUCGAAGUACGCAAGGGAGUGAUGAAGGCUGUCGACACCAUUGUCGCCGAACUCAAGAAGAUGUCACGUGACGUCACCACUCCAGAGGAAAUCGCUCAAGUCGCCACGAUCUCAGCCAACGGUGACGUCAAGAUUGGAGAACUGAUCUCAGAAGCCAUGAAGAAGGUCGGAAACAAGGGUGUAAUCACCGUGAAGGAUGGCAAGACCUUGGUCGAUGAAUUGGAAGUCAUCGAAGGAUUGAACUUCGACCGUGGAUACAUCUCUCCCUACUUUAUCAACUCCAGCAAGGGAGCCAAGGUUGAGUUCGAGAAGGCUUUGUUGUUGUUCAGCGAGAAGAAGAUCUCUAAUGUUCAGGUGGGUUUAAAUGCUGUUUAUUGAUGUUGGAAACAAGGUUAAUAUGUAAAGAUUUUUUUUUAAAAUCUGAGUAUUUUUUGAUAUUAAACUAGUUUUUUAAAUUCACAAUUAAUUGUUUUUAUAGCUUUUUUUGACUAAAAAUAUCAAAAUUUUAAUAAAAAAUUUUUAGUCCAUUGUCCCAGCUCUGGAACUCGCCAACAAGUACCGUCGCCCAUUGGUGAUCGUCGCCGAAGAUGUUGAUGGAGAAGCCCUUACCACUUUGGUGCUCAACAGACUGAAGGUCGGUCUUCAAGUUGCCGCCGUCAAGGCCCCAGGAUUCGGAGACAACCGCAAGAACACAUUGAAGGAUUUGGCCAUCGCUACCGGCGGUGUUGUAUUCAAUGACGAUGCCAACCUGACUAAAUUGGAGGACAUCACCAUCGAUGACUUUGGAGAAGCCGGUGAAGUGACCGUCACCAAGGACGACACGUUGAUCUUGAAGGGCAGUGGCAAGCCAGAAGAUGUUGAAGCUCGUCUUCAACACAUCCAGGAAGAAAUUGAGAACUCGACUUCUGACUACGAGAAGGAGAAGCUUAACGAGCGAUUGGCCAAGCUCUCACGAGGUGUUGCUUUACUGAAGGUCGGAGGAUCAUCGGAAGUUGAAGUAAACGAGAAGAAGGACCGUGUCACAGACGCUUUGUGCGCAACCAGAGCAGCUGUUGAGGAAGGUAUUGUUCCCGGAGGUGGUGUAGCUCUCUUGAGGUCGUUGAAGGCUCUGGAAAGCUUGGAAGCCGCCAAUGAAGAUCAGAAGGCUGGUAAGUAUUUUGUGAAGUUUAUGAAGUUAAUUUACUAUGAUUGUUAUUAUAUGGUACAAUUUAUGCUUUUUAUAAGCUUUAUUGUCUUCUUCUAAUAUUCAAAAUCACAAAAAGUUGUUUUAUGUUUUUUAUCAAAUAAUUUUUUAUUCGUAUUUUAGGUAUCAAGAUCAUCCAGAAGGCCGUCCGUCAACCAAUCUCCACCAUCGUCCAGAACGCCGGUCUCGAAGCCGCUACCAUUGUCGCCAAGGUCCUCGAGAACUCUGACGUCAACUUUGGCUACGACGCUCUGAAUGACAAGUUCGUGAACAUGGUAGAUGCCGGAAUUAUCGACCCAACCAAGGUCGUGAGAACCGCUCUUCAAGAUGCUGCUGGAGUCGCUUCCCUGUUGGCCACCACCGAAUGUGUCGUAACCGAAGUGCCAAAGCCCGAACCAGCCGCGGCCGCUGGAGCCGGUAUGGGCGGCAUGGGAGGAAUGGGUGGCAUGGGCUUCUAA